UAUUGAACUGAAUUCAGUCAUACAAUCGACAGAAGGGAGGCGUUGGCGAAAACAAACAGCAAACAGCAAAGACCCGUGCGACAGCGACAGCGACACACCUCUUGCUCCCCUCGUCCGCUUCCGCCCUCUCAUCCAAGCAGCACUCAAUCACAACAACAACAGGCACACACGUGCAGGAUGCCUCGUGAGCUGGAGCAUGUGUGCCGGUUGACAGGGCACAACUGGCAAUGCACAAGCGUGGACUUUCAUCCAGCAGCAAACAUGCUUGUGAGCGGCGGGUUUGAUCGCACCAUCCGCAUCUGGGACGUUGACGAGAAGGCUGCGCUGCGUGUCAUUGACCGGUCUGCACACGCAGGACCCGUCACCUGCGUCAAGUGGCAUCCCAACGGCGCCCUCAUCGCCUCCACAUCAUCAGACAACACAACCUGCUUGUGGGACGCGAGCACGGGCGAGCGCAUGCGCAUCCUGCGAGAGCAUUUCGGCUGGGUGUUGCAGUGCAGCUUUGCCCCAGACAGAACAAAGCUGGCAACUGCAUCCUGGGACAAGACAGUUCGUCUCUGGGACCCAAACACAGGCGAGCUCAUCAGUACGCUGCGCGGGCACACCAAAGGCGUGUGGGCGUGCGAGUUUUAUCCUGUCGGGCACACAUCUGCGCUGCUGGCAUCUGGUGGCGAGGACGCAACAGCGCGGCUCUGGGACACACGAACGAGGAAAGUUGCGCUGACACUGAGCGGCGGUCACGCGGAUGCGGUGUACAGCGUGGCGUGGUCCAACGACGGCAGUCUCGUCGCAACAGGAUCAGCAGACAGAACAGUGACCAUCUGGGACCCCAAGGCCGGAAAAAUCCUCCGGUUGCUCAAAGCGCACGAGGACACCGUGAAGAGCGCCGUGUUCUGCCCGCUCAACCAGCACAACUCAAACAACAUCCUCGCAACAGCGGGCGGGUUCUCCGCGAUUCUCUGGAACCCAUCGCUCCCAAACAACAAUCUCCUCAGCGAGGCCCGCAUGCACGAGCCUGGGAAGGAGGUUGAGGCUGUGAGUGUGUCCUCAAGUGGAAAGUUUCUUGCGACGGGCGGGCGUGACGGCUCUGUGUGCGUUGCGCGCAUCCCCGCAUACAGAAACGACCCCUUUGAAGGCAUUGACCCGAGCACGCGGCGGCAGACAAAGGCGGCAGAGUCGUGGUUGCGUCAGGGCAAGGCCGGGAGCAUGCAGCGCAACGUGACGAUUCCCGACCUCAAACCGCUGACGAUCAAGGAGCAGAUGGAGCAGGAAUCCGUCCGCCGCGCAAUGCAGGACGAGCGCAGCGUCUGGCUCAACAGGAACAAGCGGGGCGAUGGCGACACCGAUGACAAGGACGCGUCAGACGCCCCGCGCCGCAGAGUGAACCCGUCCAAACUGCUGCAGUCCCGCGGGUUUGACCGCGAUGGCUUCACGCGUCCCGCACACGACGAAGACGACGAUGAAGAUGAUGGCGAUGGUGCCAGUGAGGCAACAGCGCGGGAUGAGACUUUGGGCGAUGAGGCAGCAGCUGAGGUGGCGAGCGAAGGCAUUCCCGAGGAGGAAGCAGUCACAAAGCCCACGCUCGUGCCGCUGAAGAAGACUGCAAUGCUUGACGACCACGGGAAAGUUCAUCCCAUGGUCGCCGCCGCACGCAAACACGCACCAAAGGAGGCGCCGCAGCCCACGAACAAGGCGGAGAAUGUGGAUGACCUCAUGACGAUGCUGCAGCAGACAACAGACGUCGGUAGUGACGGUCAGGACCAGCAACAGCAAGUGCUGCGCCGUCUGGAUAAGCGACGCGCGUCCUCGCGUCCGGCGUCGUCCGUGGAGGAACUGCUCGACUACUCGAAACCGCUCCUGGAGCGCCGGCCCAGGGUGAGGCACCGCUGCAGCGAGGCGGGUUAG